AUGACGCCCAAGGUCAAGCCUGCUGUGGAUCUGGGUUUGAAUACGAGCCAGAAGAAUGACAAAGCGGCGAUGGCCAUAAUCUCUCCUGUCAAGGAGGUUGCGACCAAAUACGAAGGAGGCAACAGCUAUGCCUGGGGUGUGACCUGGCCUGGCAAAUGUGACAAGUGGGGUAAGGAUGAAGCUCCUAUUGUUGACUGGGAUGAGGUAAAACAGGCAUUCGGAAUGUGGAAGAGCUUUGUGCCCUACAACCCUUUCCAAUACCUGGGAGGGUUCGCCGCAGUGAUGAAGGAGGUCGCCUCCUCCAAGCUCCCGACAAAAAGGCCUUUGCGAUUUCUGCAGACGGGCCCAAAAGCGGUGUGCUACGCUUGGGCCCGGGCUGCGGAUGCUUCCAGAGUUGUCUCCUGCACCAGCAGCUCUUUAGAGAUGCCUUCUGAGGCUGAGGAUGCCGUUUCAGAAGCUUCCUUCCAAUCCGCUGAUGAGGAAGAAGACGAAGAUGAGCUGAAUGAUUUCAGCGAAAAUGCAGGCGGAGCGUCCUCAUCAAAGGAUGGUGGCGGACAGGCUGCCCACGAUGAUGACGAUGAUGGCGAGGGAGGCAAGAGAUGGAAUCUCAAAAGAGAUGGCGACAAGGGAGCACUGGAGCCCAUCUUCAACCGCCUUGCAGAAGACCGCGAACAUGUGAAGAUUUCCAAGAUGUUCUCGUAUGUCCUGCGGCACGCCGCCCACAAGCUUGACGUACGAAUCCGAAAGGAUGGCUUCGUCCGACUAAAAGACAUCAUGGAGCUCAAGAACUUUCGUCCAUACACCUUGGAGGAGUUGAUGGCCUGCGUCUACUUUGACGAGAAAGAAAGGUACACCAUGGUCAGGGAGUUCGACGGUGAGCUUCUGAUCCGUGCCAACCAGGGCCAUACCAUGAAGGUGGUUGAGGAUGAUCUCUUGCUUGAAGUCAUCACCGACCCAACGACGGUCUCGGACUGCGUUCAUGGAACCUAUUUGGUCCACUGGCCAUUUAUCAAGAGACAAGGCUUGUCUAAAGUCGCGCGGAAUCACAUCCACUUGGCACCAGGUUUGCCAGAGGACGGCAAGAUUCGCGGAAUGCGUUCCACUGCUGAGCUCUUCCUGUACAUAGACGUGCCGGCAGCAAUGCAGGACGGAAUGGUGUUCUACCGGAGCAAGAAUGAAGUGAUUCUGACGCAAGGGUUGGAUGGAUGGCUGCCGGUGAAAUACUUUAUCAAGGCAGUAAAGAUUAAUUACUCCACCUGUGACAUCGAAGAGCUGGAGUUUGAUCGGAAUAUCUCAAUGCCAUCCUGGGCCGCGGAGCUCGCUCCUUCAGGCCCAGGCGAAGCAGGCAGCUAUACCGUUAAGAACCUUGAGGCCCUCAUUGCAAAGUGCCGAAAGAGGAUGGCUGAGAUCAAUGAGCUCAAGGCAGCGGCAGAAAAUGGUCAAACUCUCUCAGAGGAGGACCAGCACAAACUUGAUCAGUAUGGUGCGGUCUACAUUGAACUCCAGUCUCUUGAGCAGCGCUUUCGGCAGCACAAAGGCUAUCGCCGAGAGUCUACGCAGGAGAAGGAGCUUCGCGCAAAAGAAGAGGCAGAGGCUGCCACGGUGGUGCAGCGUAAGGACAGAGCUGCCACACCGCCUUGGGAAAAAGGUAAGCAGAGUAUCGAGUCAACCACUUUCAAAGCCACAGACAAAGAAAAGGCUGAGUGGGCAGCUCUUGGGAAGCGCCGAGAAAAUGCGGCGUCUUUUUCGGAGAAGCCUGUGAAGAGCGAGCCGGACAAGGAUGAUCCAUGGGCGGCCUUGGGUCGAGGACGGCUGAAUUCCAUGAAUGGCCAACCUGCCACUCCGUCUGCGGAGAAGGCAACUCCAAAGCCAGCAGCUGGAGCAGGUUCGGAGAGCUGGCGAUUUGGAGGGAAACCUGAGGCGGCGCCGGCACCGAAACCUGCCUCAGGACCUCCCCGCUUCUUCAAUUCUAAGCUGCAACAGCAGAAAGAACAAAAGGAGAAGGAGAAAGGAAAAGCCGAAGCUGAAAAAGAGCAGAAGAAAGCAGAGCAAAGCUGGCGCGACCGCGACUCCAAUUGGCGAAGCCGAGAGGAACCGAAACAGGAAGCUGCACCCAAGGAAACUCCGAAGGCAGAGGCACAAAUGCCUGCAGCCCCAAACAUGCCGCAACAGCAGAUGUCUGGAGGAAUGGCAGGCUUGCUUCUUAGCUUGGCAAGUCAGGAGCGAGAUGUGCCAAAGCAAAGCAGCACAACAGCCAUGGAGGCCUAA